AUGAAAAAGUCAUUAUUGUUAUGUGGCACAUGGGUAACAGGUUAUUUAAUUCAUUCAUGCUCUCCUUACAUCAAAGCAUUGCAAACAACUUAAGAUUUAGAUGAAGAGCACAGUUUCUAGGAAUUCAUUAAAUAGUACAAUUACAGUCAACCAAAAAUAAUUGAUAUGCUUCACAGCUCAAGACAAAAGCAUUUUCUUCACAAUAUGAUAGUAUAAAAUGAAAACGCUUUCAAUUUAUUCAAAGUCUAUCUCUCCAAUAAUUAGAGUAAUCUAAAUGAUGAAAAUGGUCAUCAAUUACAUAUAGUUUUCAAUGCUUCUGAAAAUGUAAAGGGAAACAAUAAUGAUGUUAAUAGUGGUUUAUUGGCAACGAUAAUCGAUAAUGCUUUCGGAUAACUCAGUUUCUUAGCAGCUGGAUUUGUUCCAACAGCGACCGCUAAUCUCUAAGUAGAUUAUAAGAAACCUAUCAAACUAAACGAAGACUACCUCAUAACUUGUGAGGUGUAAAAUAUUCAAGGAAGAAAAGUAUUCCUAAAAGCUGUAGUAUAAGAUAGUCAAAACAACAUAUGCAGUGAAGCAAAUGCGAUAUUUCUCACAGUUAAUUGGGGAGGGAAUCAAUGGAAAAAAAUGGUAUAGCUAUUUUAGAAAACGAGAUUGUUUAAUGAAGGAAUCUAGAAAUUGUUUUAUAAUGAAUAAUGA